UUGCUAUAAAAAAGAAAUAUAAGUGUGGUUUCUGUAAAUAUUAUACAAAAAAUAGUGGUUGAAUUUAAUAAGACUUUAUGCGACUUUGAGCAAGGAAGUAUUUCGUCGAUGGUGGGUUAGACCUCAUAUCAAAACUCAUAUGAGAGAUUUGUUUGGAGCAUGCGAUGCUGUUUUUGAAUAUUUUUUAAUCAAUGAUCAUGAACAUUUUCAAAAAAUGGUCCGCAUGAGUGUUGAACAAUUUGAAGAGCUACAUAAUUUAAUUCAACACCGACUUCAAAAGAGAAGUCUACGACAACCAUUGUCAACAAGACUUCGGUUAGCAGUAACAUUAAAUAUUCUAGCUCACGGUGACACUUUUUACAGCAUAAGUAACUUUUUCCGAAUUGGCUUAUCCACCACAUACAGCAUAAUUUCAGAAGUAUGCCCAAUUAUUUGAGAAAGUCUGCAACCUUUGUAUUUGAAAGGAAAUUUAGGUGUUGAUGACUGGAUAGUGAAUUCACAAGGAUUCCGAGUGAAGUGGGAGCUGCCACACUGUAUCGGAGCUAUAGAUGGGAAAGAAAUUUCUAUAAAGGCGCCAGUAAAUUCAGGCACACUUUUCUUCAACUACAAGAAGUUUUUUAGCUUCAAAUUGUUGGCGAUGUGUGAUGCUUUUUGUCGUUUCUCUUGGGUCGACAUUGGCGAUUACGGUAGUGUAAGCGAUGUCUCGGCAUUUCAACAUACGGAAUUUUAUCGGCGAUUAGAAAAUAAUAUAGCCAAUAUACCAAAUCCUGUGAACUUACCAAAUUCAAAUAUUAUGUCAUCCUAUUUCAUAGUUGGAGAUGGUAUCUUCACAUUAAGACCAUAUAUGAUGGUACCAUAUAAGAGGAAUCGACCUCUUACGCCAUUACAAAAAUUAUUCAAUUAUCGAUUGUCUAGAGCACGACAAACCAUAGAAUGUGCGUUUGGUAUUCUGUCAGCACGAUGGCAAAUCUUACAAAAGAAAAUGGCUUUCAAAUUAAAAACAUCGAUUUCCAUAGUACAGGCAUUGGUAUGCCUCCAUAACUUUAUUAUAACUCGAGAAUUGGCAGCUUAUGAAGAGCAACAACAAUAUUUUCCUGAGAGGUUAAUGGAUCAGUUUAUUCGUGCCAAUAAUGCAGCAGAAGAAGAAGAGAAUAAUUUGAAUGACGAAUUACCUUUAAAUGACUACGAAAACAACAAUGGUUAUGAUCAAGAUAUCAUUGUGAAUGCUGACAUAAACGAAAAUGAAGUACGAAUCUCAUUAGCUAAUUAUUUUGUGAAUCAUUAGUAUUCAAGAGUUUUAUGAAAGUUUUCGAAUUUAUAAGACAUUUGAAUAAUUUGAAAGACUGACAUCGCCUUCAGACUCCGAAAUUAUAAUUAGUUGUUAAUGAAAUAUUUUUAUCUUUAAGAAAUGAAUAAUAAAUUCUGUUCAGUUGAGCACAAUUGUUAUGCAAUUGAAUCGUUAUAAAUUAUUAUUACUACAAUGUUAUCUAGCUCUUAUUUCGUACAACGUAACGAAUUCGAUUUUUGUUUUCUUUCUACCUGAUCGCUUUAAUUUAUUCAUAAAAUAUAUUUUAUUAUUUUCAAUGACGGUUAUAUGAAAAAUGAAAUAGAAAAUUUGUUUUAAGCUACUGUUGCUCGAAAACUUAAAAUUUGAACUCAAACAAUUUCUUAUGUGAAAUAAGUGGAAGAAAAGUUGUGUUUGAUAAUAAUUUAAUCUAUUCAAAUAAUAUGUAUACACAAUGUUUUAAAAACAUAAAUUUGAAGUUAUGCACGUAGAUAUAACAUCCACAAAAUGUUGCUUCAGCUCACAAACUUGUCUACGUAUAAUAUGUGCAACUUUAUUACUGCUAAGAUUUUUUCAU